UGAAAGAAAAAAGACCUAUGACAAUUUCAACAGUCAAGUAAAAUCUCAGUUGAUGCCCAAAUCUCGUAGGAGUAGGAAGUGCGAGUCCUUCAAAAAAUUCAUUUCUCAACAUUUAGUGCCGUUCAUAUAUGCUACUUGUGAACAUAUCUCCGUUUUUUAAAGAAAAAGUGCUCAACUAAAAAAUUAUUUCAGAACAAUAAAAAAAAACCGACAACCGUGCAGAUUUCAAUCUGAAAAGUGUAUUUGUGAAUUUGAUAAAUAAUUAAAUAAAGUGACAUCAAUUUUUGCUCAAAAAUAUUUCAUAUAGAAUUGUUGGAAAAGCAUUUGAGGAUGCACAGUUGGGAGGUUUUACAGCAGCCCAUCAACUAUGAUCACCAUUGGUAUGGAAAUAUGCCGGUGAGGAGAGAUUCACCGGACAUUGCCACCUAUACUGGUCAAGGAACGACGAUGGGCCAUGAGUCCAGUGUUAGUUCGCCAGCCAGUGCUCACAGUGAGGAGUCAUCGCAUCAGGGCAGUCACACCGGAUACGGGGACAAUCAUCCUGUGACUUCACUCCACAUGACGCAAAUGCGGCAGCCGGGCUUCAACCCACUUACUCCACCUGGCUAUCCGAGUGCCGUGAUACCGCCGAACAGCACCAGCCAGGCUGCUGUGCACCAAAGCAAUGAGUCUCCAACCAGGAGCUUCAUUGGCAACGAAGGAAGCUAUCCGUUGUUGAAUAGCCUCACACCCACCAACAGCCCUCCGAUGAAUGUGACCCCUCCCAAGUCCCCAAAGAGCAUCAAACAUGAAAAUGAGGGCUCAGAUAAUGCGGAAGGCAACGAUAUGGAUGAUGAAACCCGUUCAAAUUGCAGCGACGUGGAUGAUGAUGCCAUCAGGACGCCCAAAGUGAACUCUCAUGGAAAGUUGAAAAAAUAUCCUUGCAAGCAAUGUGACUUCCUUGCCAUCACUAAAGUGGACAUCUGGGAGCACCAUCGCAUCCAUAUCAAACCCGAGAAAAUGCUCACGUGCCACCUCUGUCCGUUUGUCACGAUGUACAAGCAUCACCUAGAAUAUCAUCUGCACAAGCACAGGGGCUCGAAGCCCUUCCAAUGCGAACAGUGUGAUUACAGCUGCGUGAACAAGUCCAUGCUCAACUCUCACCUCAAGUCACACAGCAACAUCUAUCAGUACCGGUGUGCCACAUGCAAGUAUGCCACCAAGUAUUGUCACUCCCUGAAGCUACACCUCCGCAAGUACCGCCAUCAGCCAGCAAUGGUACUAAAUCCCGAUGGAACUCCUAAUCCGCUGCCCAUUAUCGAUGUGUAUGGCACGAGGAGAGGCCCUAAAACGAAGAAAUCACCCAAAGCGACAAAAUCCAAGACGCCACCAACUAGUCCACCAUCACCAAAUAAGUCUCAGGCCAGUUCUUUGGCUGCUAUGGCAUCAGUAUUACCUAAUUUUGCCAACAUCCUGCAAAACGGAAGCAUGUCCCUUCUUCCAUACUUCAACUUCCAGCAAAUACUGGCCAUGCAGCAGCUGACUCAACUCUCUCCGUCCAUGCGAAAUAAUGAGGAACUGUCCAGGGAGAUGGACACAUCGGAGGACAUCAAACCUGAGCUCAACGGUCUGGCAUCAGCCGCUCUGGAUCUCACUCAACAAUCCUACCGGGCGACUAGUACCGACCGCGAAUCCUACAUGGAAGAAGACAAAAAAUCUUAUUCAUCACCGGCCAGCUCCACUUCUUCCCAUUCCGGGAAAAAUAAGCGAAAGGGUCGUGCAGUGAGAUUAGAUUUAUCCAAAGUCACAGCAGCCGAGGAGCCAGAAAUAAACGUGGACACUGAGGACCAUGUUGAAGACCAAAAAGACCACAAAGAUGUAGAAAUAAAGCCACCACAGUCUCCAGCUGAAGACGUGAGUGGCCGAACGGUAUCCCAAGUGUACGAAUGUAAAUUUUGUGAUAUCACCUUCAAGGAUGCUGUCCUCUAUACAAUUCACAUGGGAUAUCACGGCUACAAUGACGUCUUCCAAUGCAAUAUGUGCGGGGAAAAGUGUGAUGAUCGCGUGGCUUUCUUCCUCCAUAUCGCAAGAAAUCCUCAUUCCUAAUCUCCGGGCACUGUUUCACUCAGAAAAGUGGGAGGUGCAUCAAAACCCCCUAACUAAAUCACACUUCCAAUACGAUUCCCGCGUACUUUACAGUGGUUUUAGGGGACUUGCCAGAGAGCGUUAUAAAUACUACAGCCCUUCAAAGUAUGCCACAUUUAUAAAAAAAAAGUCGACAAUAAUCCGAUUCAUAAAACAUCAAAAACGAUAUUCGUUCUCCCCUCAGUGUUUUAUGGAAUCGCAAUGAGAUUAGGGGUGUGUUUUUCACACACAUACACAUUUCGAGAGCAAAUGAAAGGUGGAGUCUUUCGUAAGAUUACUUAUUUUUGUAGAAUAGUAUUUAUGUGUGACUAAACAAAGCUAAAAUAAUCACUAAAGAUAUUAUAGAAAAGGAUUGUAAUUGUAAGAUAUACAUUUGAAAAAAAAAUCAAUUGUCUAAAUUUUCAGGAUCAAAAAAUUUAGAUAGAGAAUUUAAAAGACAAAGUCGAAUUUUUUGAUCUCUGAAAGAGAGACAAUUAAUUCAUUUUAGACAUAACAACAUUUCCGUCAUUUUAUCCCCCAAAAAUAAAUUAGUUAAGCAUAAGAGAAACAUAUAUUUAAACCAAAUUCAAGUCAGGAAUUUCAGAAAUUUCCAUAAAAAUUUUUAGAAGAAAAAAACUCAGUUGUGCAAUAAAUUGCCAAUACAAGAGGAUAUUUUUGUAAAACAUUUAACAAAAAGAAUCUUUAGGAAAAGAUAUGGAAGUAAUAUAUUGAAGACUGUAGAUGUUUAAACUAUUGCAUAAUGUUCCCAAAAGAAUUGUGUAGUUUCUAAAGCAUUGUAAUCAAAAUAAAGAGAGAAAGAAUUAUAUUUAAUACACAACGAACUUCUUCUUUGGGAAGUUUCUUAUUCCUUGUCAUGUUUUCGCUAUUAUGACACAUAUUUGAGUAAUAAAUUUUAUAUAGAAAAUUUAUUUCUAAUGUAAUCACAAUAACAAUUUAAUUAAAUUGUGACAUGAAACUAAAUUAAACCAUUACAGCGUAGGAAAGAUUUCAUUUGUAAAUUUCAAUGUACAGAGUGUUUCCUUUUUUCCAAAAUAAAAUUAUGUAAU